AUGGUCCGCCGCGAUGUCGUCCUCGGGGUGGAGAUAGCGGAGAGGUUCGCGUACCACGGGGUGUCGGCGAACCUGAUCAGCUACCUGACGGGGCCGCUGGGGGAGUCGACCGCGGGCGCGGCGGCCGCGAUCAACGCGUGGAGCGGGGUGGCGACCAUGCUGCCGCUGCUGAUGGCGUGCGUGGCCGACGCCUGGCUCGGGCGGUACCGCACCAUCGUCCUCGCCUCCCUCCUCUUCGUCGUGAGCAUGGGCAUGCUGACCGUCUCCGCGCUCCCGGCGUUCCACCACGACGGCUGCAGCAGCUACGCUUCCAGAUCGCUGGCGUGCUCCCCGUCCCCCGUGCAAGUGGCCGUCUUCUACGUCUCCCUGUACCUGGUGGCGCUCGCCGAGGCCGGGCACAAGCCCUGCGCGCAGGCGUUCGGCGCGGACCAGUUCGACCAGAACGACCCCAAGGAGUCCGUGUCCAGGAGCUCCUUUUUCAACUGGUGGUACUUCGGCAUGUGCUCCGGCACCGCCGUCACCACCAUGGUGUCCAGCUACAUCCAGGACAACGUCAGCUGGGGCCUCGGCUUCGGCAUCCCCUGCCUCGUCAUGGUCUUCGCGCUCCUUAUGUUCUUGCUCGGCACCAGGAAUUACCGCUACUACACGGCCACCGAAUCGAGCCCCUUUGCUCGCCUCGCCAGAGCUUUCGUUGCGCUCGUCAAAGGCUCCAAAUCGAGCGAGUAUGACGGCACUCUUGCGAGCGACGACGCCGGGCACCGGGAAGAAGUGAAAGGCGUGCUGCGCCUGUUCCCCAUCUGGGCGACGUGCAUCAUCUACGCCGUGAUCUUCUCGCAGUCGUCCACGUUCUUCACGAAGCAGGCCGCGACGCUGGACCGGCGGAUCGGCCCGGCGCUGCGCGUGCCGCCGGCGGCGCUGCAGACGUUCAUCAGCGUGACCAUCAUGGUCUUCAUCCCGGUCUACGACCGCGCGUUCGUGCCCCCUGGCGCGGCGGCUCACGCGCCUGUCGUCCGGCAUCACCAUGCUGCAGCGGAUCGGCACGGGGCUCGUCCUGGCCCUGGUCGCCAUGGUCGUGGCGGCGCUGGUGGAGAUGCGGCGGCUCGGCGUGGCGAGGGACGCCGGGCUCGUGGACCAGCCCAAGGCGGCGCUGCCGAUGAGCCUGUGGUGGAUGGUGCCGCAGAGUUCUUCUACGACCAGGUCCCCGACGCGCUGCGCAGCCUCGGGUUGGCCUUCUUCCUUAGCAUCUUCGGCGUAGGCCACCUGUUCAGCAGCUUCAUCAUCUCCGCCAUCCACGGAGCCACCAAGAAGAGCGGGGCGAGCUGGUUCUCCAACAACCUCAACCACGCGCACCUCGACUACUUCUACUGGCUGCUCGCCGGGCUCUGCGCCGUGGAGUUGGCCGCGUUCGUCAUCGUCUCGCGCGUUUACGUGUAUAAGAAGAGGGUGUCUCACAACAAUAAUGAUGCUGUCAUGUAG